CAAUAAUUACAAUUUCACAGUUGCUUAUAAUUUUAUACACUAUAUAGGCAGAAUUUAAGUUUUUCAAAGAUCAUAAAAUUUUAUUGUGUGCCUUUGGUUGAUUCAAUAUAUUUUAUAUAAUUUGUCAAUAUGCAGAAAUGUAUUCUUAUCAGAACUUAUAGAGACGAAGAUAAACUGUUUUGCAAAAAAUUACUUGAAGAUAGUGUAAUGAAUCAGCUAAAUCAUACAUAUAUUGGAAUUUUAUUAGGACUAAAUAUUAUGCGUUUAGUAAAUAUGUUAUCUAUAUUGUUAAUGUCACUACUCAUAUAUGCAGGAUUACAUAAAAUUUAUUGUAUUAUGAUUAUGUUUAUACCAGCAAUUAUAUUAUAUAUUUCAUUAUACACAAAAUUUUGUUAUGAAGCUAGAAUGGCUGGAUAUGAAAUAUUUGACAUUCCACGGAUUUACACGCUCGAUAAUUCUUCCUGUUUUUGGAUAGCGGAAGCAUAUGAAGAUUUUUCAUUAAAUAAUCAGGAACAAAAUCAGCAAUAUAUAUUCAUGACAGAGGAAGAAAUGAGUGUAUGUAAGAUUGAUUUUUCUAAUCAUAAUAAAAAAAUUGUAGGUAUUAUGUCAGUCUGUAAAAGUAAUUGGGAACCAACACUUGGUUAUAUAAAAAGAUUUUAUGUUCAGAAAAAAUAUAUAGGGAAAGGUAUAGAUACUCAACUUAUGAAUCAAACAGAAUUUUUUGCCUAUGAACACGGAAUUCUAUGUAUUAAAGCGAUUGUUUCUCAAUUUGAAAAACACCUUAUUAGUUUUUAUAAUACUAAAAGUUUCACUGUAAAUAUUAUACAAGAUAAAUCAUUUUUUAUAUCAGUUACGCUGUAUGAAUAUACAUUUCGAACAAUGGAUUCUCAUUCAGAACAAAAGAAAUUAGUGUAAUGUUCAAUCCAAAAAAUAAAACUGUCCG